CUCCUCAUAAGGUUGAUUCAUCAUCUGGGUCGACGCCAAAAUCCCACCUUGUGAAACAGAUCGUUGAUGGAGUUUCUGUGAAGUCUAAGUGAUGAUGGACUAAUUGCUACAAGGAUCGAGGAUUGUGGAAUGGCAGUGCGGGGAUGGAAGAUUUGGUGACUGAUGGACUGUUUGUAAAAUAAAGAAGGGGAAGAGAAGGGAAGGAGAAUUGAAAUGCUGAAAAAUGAAUAAUUUUUGCGUGUUUUAUGUGAAACUGGACACACAGGCAAGAAGCAUGGUGUUAGUGCUUCAACAUGAUCACAAUGGGAUUUAAAUCUGUCAUCUAUUAUGCUUAGCUCUUAAGGCGGCAUUGUGUUGUGAUUUCUGUUCUACACACUGAAAUGUGUGAAUCCCCGGAGUUGCAAUUGAUGCUGGAUUCCACCACAUGAUUGAAAGGAGUGGAGUCUUGACUGAAUAUGCAAUUGCCACAUUCAUAAGGAAAAUUGUGCUAAUCGUUAUCUUUGCUUAUUAUGAUGGGAAUGCUUUAAAGGCAGCUACCGUUGGGAUAUUCAUGGUAGUUUCUGCUCUCAUCAUGUUAAUCCACCCAGUUUUUGCAUUGCCAGCAUUUGCAACCUUCCAAACUGCUGCCCAGACUGGAGGGCCUGCUGCUGCUGCAGGAGGUGCAAAAUUUAUGCGAACUGAACUACUGACCAGUGCUUGGGCUGGUUUGUUUGCUGGUUGCUUGCACACACUGUCAGGGCCUGACCACCUUGCUGCCUUGGCUCCCCUCUCAAUCGGUCGAUCCCGGAUGGAAAGUGCUGCUGUUGGAGCUCUUUGGGGUUGUGGCCACGAUGCAGGUCAGGUCAUAUUUGGCUUGCUAUUUCUACUGCUAAAGGAUAGACUCCAUAUUGAAAUCAUCAGAACUUGGGGCACAAGAGUGGUCGGUCUAACUCUACUUGUUAUUGGUGCUAUGGGGAUUAAGGAGGCAUCAGAAGUCCCAACUCCAUGUGUUGCCUUAGAAAAUGGUGAGUGUGAUGUUAGUGCUUAUGAAGCAUUAGAAACCCCAACAGUAGGGAAGAAGAAAAAGAUUGGUUUUGCUACUUUUGCUACCGGUAUUGUCCACGGACUCCAACCAGAUGCAUUGAUGAUGGUGUUGCCUGCACUUGCAUUGCCUUCUCGUCUGGCUGGGGCUGCAUUUCUGAUCAUGUUCUUGUUUGGGACUGUGGUUGCCAUGGGUAGCUACACGGUAUUUAUAGGGUCAUGUAGUGAAGCAUUAAAGGACAGAAUACCCAGAAUAACUGAGAAACUCACAUGGGUUUCGUCCCUGAUAGCCAUUGCCCUUGGCCUUGGUAUUAUCGUUAGCCAGUUGUUCGGAUUCAGUUUAUACUGAUCUAUAUGGUUGCACGCUACCAUUUUAGUUUUAGAGAAAGAUCAUUAGAGAAGAAUUUCAAUUUAUUUAGAAUUUCCAUCUUUUUUUAUCUCAUUAAACUUUUUAAGUUUGUAAUCUUCAACAUACAAGGGAAAGACUUGUGUCUCUGGGAAGUAUUUCUAAUUUAUUUGGUAUAAUUCCAGCUCUGAU